AGAGGCCGAGGUUUCCGGGUUGGCUGUGGAUGAGCCGGGGAGCUCGAGCGGCGGCCGCGGGGCACAGCGAGCCCGAGACUGAGGCCCUGAGCAGCAGCCGACACCCCCCGCCCACCACCAUCAACCGCACACUCCACACCGGCAGCGCCCCCACCCGCCCCGAGCAUGUGAGCGGGAGAGAGUUAUAUGAGUGACUCUGAACAUUACGUGAAACACUACAGAGACUGAAGCAGCCGGCAGUGGGAAAGCAUGCCGAUCCCUCCACCCCCUCCACCCCCUCCGGCUGCACCGCCUCCACCUCCAAACUUUAACCAGGCGAAUUCUGCUCCACCGAAAUUAAGCCGAGAUGAACAGCGUGGUCGAGGAGCGUUGUUAAGUGACAUCUCGAAGGGAGCCAGGCUACGAAAAGUGACAAAUGUAAAUGACAGAAGUGCACCAGUUAUUGAAAAACCUAAAGGAGGCGGAGGAGGAGGAGGUGGGGGUGGCGGCGGAGGAGGAGGAGGAGGAAGAGGUGGUGAUGGUGGUGGAGGCGGUGGGUUUGGUGCAGGCCCAGUGUCUGGAGGGCUGGGUGGCUUGUUUCAGGGUGGAGUUCCUAAACUUCGACCAGUUGGAAACCGAGACAAUUCAGAUUCCUCCAGUAGAUCUGCUCUGCAUCCUCCUGGGUCGAGAUUGGCUGCUCCCCGACCUCCUUCUAGCAGUAACCGCUAUAGCGAUGAUUCUGAUUCCCAGAGCAAAGCUUCUCCUCCAGAGCUUCCAAGGGCGCACCGGCCUUCCUUACCGGAUCUUUCCAGCUCAUCCCGCCCCAGCAGCGGGGGAGGAGUGAAGCACAGUGCGUCAGCACCGCACCCGCCUCCCCCCGUGGGAAGACGUGGAAACCUGCCUCCUGCCCCACCACCGGGUCACAGCAGCAGAACUCAUUCCAGUGCGUCGUACAACAGAGAAAAGCCUUUGCCUCCUACCCCAGGACAAAGGACUCCCGGCAAUAGGGAUGGACUUCCUGUACCUCCUCCUGUCAAGCCUCCCCCCUCUCCUCGGCCCGGUGGUCACAUUCAGAGCCAGCCUCUGCCACCCCCUCCCCCACCUUACCGUCUACCUCCCCAUUCACAUAACGGCCCCUCCAACUUCGCGAACGAGGCAGCCCCGGAAUUGCCACAGAGACACAAUUCAUUGUCACGCAAAUCAGGCGGCAUGAUGAGGGGGAACGCCCCACCCCCACCGUCUCCGUCUCCUCAGAAUCGACCACCGCCACCUGCCAGAGAGCCGCCAAACCGAGGUGCAGCUCCGCUCCCACCGCACGCCAUGCGGAAUGGAGCGCGAGAAGCCCCUCCUCCCCCUCCGUACAGGACGCCCACAUCGGACCCCCCGAAUCGCGGCAAGCCCCCGCCCCCUCCCAUGCGAAUGCCUGCGGCUCCCCCUCCCCCACCCCCGCCGAUACGGAAUGGACACAGGGAUCACGUGGGCUCAGCUUCCAAGUCAUUUCUAGAUGAUUUUGAAUCAAAAUAUUCCUUUCAUCCAACUGCUGAUUUUCCAGCACCUGAUGAGUAUCGGCACUUCCAAAAAUCGUAUCCAAGUAAGAUGAACAGAGUUGUCCGUGGGGCUCCUCCUCUGCCACCUGUUACAAGGUGAUGUGUGACCCUGGGUUUGAAGACUGACACUUUCCUCCCCUUCCUUUCCCAGUAUCCAGCACGAGCUCCUAUUCUGCUUCAUUUCAUUGAGGCAAAACUUCAGAUCUGCUUAAAGCUUGCAUUCUGUUCUGAGAUUCCGGAGUUUCGGAUUAUAUAGUCUUUGACCAUCACAUCUUCCAGCUUCAAGCGAUGUCCUUGCAAUUAAGUGGAUGUAAUGGAAACCUGACUGGAAUGUCAGGAUUAUUUUUUUAAAUUGAGGGGUUGUGAGAUGUUUACAACUACCAAAGAUCUAAGAAACCAGUCAAGCUUCACUCCUGAUGAAACGCGUGGAGUUUUCUUUGGAGAGAGGGUAGGGAACCAGACAGGUGACUGACCAGGGUAUUUGUGUCCUGUCCGGUGGGUAAAUGUCCAUUUGAACAUAUUCUUGGACCUCUGGUAAUGGUAAAAUCACAGAACACUAUUGGGGUAAAUAUAGGCCAACUGGUGAGACUAAAAAUUCCCAUAGUACAUGUAACUUUUAAAGUUUUUAUUCCAAUAUCUAGCUGGUCCUUUGCCUUAUACACUAUCGUCAUUGUUGUCAGUACCAGAUUUAUAAUAAUGUAUUUACUCAAGUACGACACAUACUAGUAAUCAUGGGGAUGAUUUUCUUUUGUACAGAGGUUGUAAAUUAGUUGGGGUGGGCUUGAUGGAAGACACUACUUUCUCAAAUGACUGCUUGUUUGGUUACGUGACCUGCCACGGCUUUUGUUCAGCAUGAGCAGCACAGCUCAUGUUGAGGAUUGCUGCUGUAGUCGCCAUGCCUGGCCAGGAGCCAGGAACAAAGUACCUCUCCUGACGACGUUGGUACGAGUUGUGUAUCCUCCUGGGGAACGGGAGGCUCGGCUGACAUGUCCUGGCUCCUGCUGGGAACAAGCGAUGUGAAAUGCACUGUGCAUUUUUAGCUAACUUCUGGGCCAAAGCACUUUGAAUUUGGUGGGGUAUUUUGUGUGUUUGUCUGUUUUGUGGUACUUUUCCGCUGUUCCCGGGCACCCUCUGCGCUUCCCUACACCCGUCAUGUGGAGUCUGCAGUACCAGCGAGUCCAAAUCUAUCUCGAUAGGAACACCGACAUUCCCUCCCUCCCUCCCUCCCCCCGUGUAAAUAUUCUCUCACUGGGUGACCCCUGACCUUGCGAAGACGUUGAGCAGUCCUAUAGACAUCAAUUUCUGAUGCAGUUUAACAUUCAGAAUUUCUGAAAGAUUAUAGUCAAUGUAUAAAGGAGGGGUAGAUUAAAUAAAACUGUGCCGAUUAAUCGAUUUAUAAUCAGUCGGUUAAUUCUCUUGAUUUUAAAUGUUUUAACCAAUCAAUUUUUUUUUUGUUGAGCCAACCGGUGGGGACAUGGUACAUACUAGAUGCACAUCUGAUUUGCCUGUUCAGAUACUGUUCUGUGAGAGACUUGAGACGAUGGUGGUGUGGAAACACAAAGCAUGUCAUUGGUGGUCGUUGCAGUUGACACAACAAAAUAUUUCUUCAGCUAAACAGCUGGGUGGCACCUCAGUGCUGCACCCUAAGAAGGGACGCAAGACUGCACUGGGGACCGGUUGGGUUUGUUCUGUGAGUGCAUUUACUGGUGAAGGGGAGGAGUUGUCUCUUUCUCACGCACACAAAUAACAGCCGUGUGCAAUCACCAGUCCUAGUAGCUGUUGCAUGUAUGUUUAGUGUUUGAAUGUGUAAAUGGUCUGACCACCCGAUGUGCCGUUUGAAAACAAACGAGUCCCUAUCCCGCACACUUUGCAGUGACGCACCCCACCCCCAC